AUGCGCUGGGUGGGACUGGCUGGAUUGAAAGCCAUGGCGUGGGUACCAGUGGAGUCGGCAGUAGAAGAGUUGAUGCCCCGGCUGCUGCCAGUGGAGCCCUGUGACCUGACAGAAGGCUUCGAUCCCUCCGUACCCCCGAGGACGCCUCAGGAGUACUUGAGGCGGGUCCAGAUCGAAGCAGCGCAGUGUCCAGAUGUUGUGGUAGCUCAAAUUGACCCAAAGAAGUUGAAGAGGAAGCAAAGUGUGAAUGUUUCUCUGUCAGGAUGCCAGCCUGCUCCUGAAGGAUAUUCCCCCACACUUCAGUGGCAACAGCAACAAGUGGCACAGUUUUCAACUGUUCGACAGAGUGUGAACAGACAUAGAAGUCACUGGAAAUCGCAACAGUUGGAUAGUAACGUGACCAUGCCAAAAUCUGAAGAUGAAGAAGGCUGGAAAAAAUUUUGUCUGGGUGAGAGGUUAUGUGCUGAAGGGGCUGUUGGACCAGCUACAAGUGAAAGUCCUGGAAUCGAUUAUGUACAAAUUGGUUUUCCUCCUUUGCUUAGUAUUGUAAGCAGAAUGAAUCAGGCAACAGUAACUAGUGUCUUGGAGUAUCUGAGUAAUUGGUUUGGAGAAAGAGACUUUACUCCAGAAUUGGGAAGAUGGCUUUAUGCUUUAUUGGCUUGUCUUGAAAAACCUUUAUUACCUGAGGCUCAUUCGCUGAUUCGUCAACUUGCAAGAAGGUGCUCUGAAGUGAGGCUCUUAGUGGACAGCAAAGAUGAUGAGAGGGUUCCUGCUUUGAAUUUAUUAAUUUGCUUGGUGAGCAGGUAUUUUGACCAGCGCGAUUUAGCUGAUGAGCCGUCUUGAUGUAGCUGGUCUCUCGGGGAUAGAAGAUACUGGUGAUGAAGGCAGCCUGCGUCUGAGGAGGCGCAGCGCCAAUUCAAGUGCAGAUUGCAUCACAGCUGCAACACCGUGUGAAGGGCCUCAUCUUCACCUGUGCACCUCCACUUGCUAUCCAGAAGACAGACUGUAUCGUUUUGAGUGUCUGAAGUAUCUUUGGAAAAUCCCACCCAGAUGUUGAUGAACAAUUUAGACAGUUUUCUGUAAUCACAUGCUUUUAAAACAAAUUGAGUGUCAUUUAUUGGUGAAGCAUCCUGCACAGAAACUGUAUGAUGACAUUUUACAGAGGCCCUUGGUGCUGUUUCAUUGUUAUUUACAUAUAUACAUAUAAAAUUUUAUUGAAAAUGUG